AUGACAAGCCAAUUGUUGAUAAAGAGAGGCUAACUCGAAACGUUGAUAACCUGAGAUUAUCAGUCCUCUUUAAAUUAAGAAGUAAAUCAAGGUCUAAUGCUAUUUUGGACUUUGAUCAUGAUUGUUUUCGUUUUUUGUUUUAUGGUAAAGGAAGGGAGGGAAGGGAGAAGGGGUAUACUUUGUUAGAUAAGGAUGAUUUUAAAAAAUGUGAUUUACCAGAAAACUGGGAUAGGGUUAUUGAUUGUAAUGGGGAUGGG